AUAUCGAACUUUUCGCGAAAUUUGGAGGUGAUACAGCUGGUAAAAAAGAUAACCAAGAUGGCGGCGUGAUAUAGGGAUUUUCGCCGUGACGUCAGAAAUCAGUCACGUGACUUACUGGUUGGCAAAACAUUUGAAAGUUUAAUGGCCGAAUGCUGAGUAAACACGAGCAAAACGAUGGUUGUAUCAUGUUGUGUAAUAGGCUGUGCUAAUCGAUUUGAUAAGAGUAGUCCGAAAAGCUUUUACCGCAUACCCAAGAAGCCAGAAUCAAGAAGAGAGCUCUGGAUAUCUGCAAUUAAGCGUCAACACAUCAGUGGUAAACCAUGGGAACCAGCGGACCACGACCGUGUUUGCUAUCUGCAUUUUGUUAAUGGUUCGAAGAGCAAUGAUCUGUCAUCUCCUGAUUAUGUGCCAUCUGUGAAUAUGGGAUAUGACACAAUCAGACAGAAAAAUCCAGACCUACGAAAGGCAAGAUACUUGAGAGCAGAAAAGCGUGAAACAGAGAGACAGCAUAUUGAAGUAGCUUCUGCCCUUUUGGAUUUAUCCUGCAAGGAAAAUCUCAACAUGCCAGUAUCAGAUCCAGAUCUACCCAGUGACUGUCCAUCAAAUGCAUCUCAGCAUGACAAUUGUCUGAAGAAAAUUGCUGAACUUCGCCUGGAAAAUAAACAACUUUAUUGUGAAUUAGAAAGACUUCAGGUGGAGAACAAAGCACUCAAAGAACAGGUGGGAAAGAGUUGCUUUGAGGAGCAAGUGACAGGGAGUGACCGCAAGCUACAAUUUCACACAGGAAUUCCGUCAGUUACUUUAUUUAUGUGGCUACUUUCAUAUGUGAACAGUGACCUGCCUACAAGCAAAGUGAUGUCAGCUAAAAGUGUUCUAUUGUGCAUUUUAAUGAAGCUUAGACUAAACCUACAACACCAGGACUUGGCUUAUCGUUUUAAUGUGUCGUUGACUACAAUUUCAGAUAUGUUCAAUUUAAGUCUACCCAUUAUAGCAAAGAAACUGUGUUUUCUGAUUCAGUGGCCAGAAAAACAAACAUUGAUCCAAAAUAUGCCCUUUGUGUUCAAAUCUUCAUAUCCGAAGUGCUGUAGUAUCAUUGACUGCUUCGAAGUCUUUAUUCAGCGACCAGGACACCUUACAACAAGAGCACAAACAUGGUCCAAUUACAAACAUAGCAACACCAUAAAGUUUUUAGUGUCUAUUACACCAACAGGUGCUAUAUCAUAUGUUUCAAGAGCAUUUGGUGGAAGGACAUCAGACAAAGUCAUUACGUUGCGAAGUGGAUAUCUUGACAAACUCCAGUAUGGUGACCAAGUGAUGGCAGACAGGGGCUUUUUGAUAGCGGAGGAAUUAGCAAAUCAUGGAGCAACCCUUGUGAUUCCUGCCUUUACCAGAGGGAAAACUCAGCUCUCGGCAAGAGAUGUUGAACAAACACGGAAAAUUGCACAUGUAAGGAUACAUGUAGAGAGAGCCAUUGAGAGGAUCAAGAAUUUCAAUAUUCUGAGCACUAACUUGAGUAUGCACAUGGUCCCUCAUGCUGACAGUAUUUUAACUAUUUGUGCUGCAGUAUGCAAUCUUCAACCAAAAUUAGUGGCAUAAUGUAUCAACUUAGAAGACUAAUAUUAUAUUGUCUAGAUGUAAAUUGAAAUUUCCUUCUGCAUUGACUUUUUUUAUUUAAACAUUGGGAGUGAAGAAUUGUACUUCAAAGUUGGAAAUGAACUUUCAGACAUCUGUAUGAUCAAUUCUGUUGCAUUACAACCCUUUUAUUUAAAGUUGUGAUUUAUUCCACUUAUUAAACCAUUGAAAUAUU